AUGGCUGCGGAUGAAGACUUCAUGAGCACAGACACCACUGGCAUCAUCUCAACCUUCGACACAACCUUCGACCCGAGUUAUUAUUCCGAAAACUAUGUAGAUGAAGUCUGUGACAAAACAAAAACCGUGCUGUUUGGAUCGAUCUUCACUCCGGUGUUCCUCUCCAUCGUGGUGCUCCUCAGUCUGUUCGGCAACAUCCUGGUGAUUGUGAUCCUCGCCAAGUAUGAGAAUCUCAAACUGCUCACCAACGCCUUCAUCCUGAACCUGGCUGUGUCGGACCUCUUCUUCACCGCCGGUCUGCCCUUCUGGGCCUACUACAGCGUGGACGGAUGGAAUUUAGGGGAAGCUGCCUGCAAAAUAGUGAACUUUGUCUUCUACGUUGGCUUCUACAGCAGCGGUGUCCUCCUCAUCUUGAUGACCGCUCAUCGCUACGUGGCUGUCAUGAAUCCUCUGUCUGACAUAGUGUCAACCUCAGGCUUCUACAGCGUCUUAGCGUCUGUUAUCAUCUGGGCAGCAAGCAUCAUCAUUGCCAGUCCGGCCUUCAUCUUCACCCAAGUCGUGGGCGAGAAACACUGUGUCUUCGCAAGUUCUUACUGGAGCUUAGUUGGAAUCUACCAGCAGAAUAUUCUCUUCUUACUGAGUGCUCUGGUUUUCACCUUCUGCUAUUGUCAGAUCAUCUGCAGGCUGGUGCGUCCAACUGCCCGAAGAAGAAAGAACAAAACCUUGAAGCUCAUUUUCACCCUCAUGGUCGUUUUCUUUGUGGGAUGGGCACCUUACAACAUAGUGAUAUUUCUAAAGUCGUUUUCUCUCUGGAAGCAACAACCUGUUGUCUCAGCGGUCUCGGCUGCAGCCUGUGAGGCAGAGACACCCCUGGACUAUGCUUUUUACGUCUGCCGGAUUUUGGCCUUUUCACACUGCUGCCUCAACCCUGUGUUUUAUGUGUUUGUGGGGGUUAAAUUCAAGAAUCACCUGAAGAAAAUGCUGAAGCGCAGGGCCCAAAACACGAGUAACAUCCGCAGUAGACAUAGCCGACUUACGAUCACCUCGGUGACGAGUGGGGAAGAGUUCUCCGUGUAGUCGCAGUAGCUCUGGAAGAGAUGAUGGACCUUUUCUGUCAGGGCUCCCGCUUUGGAACCAUCUCCGUCUGGCAAACUCCUCAUCCUCUUACAAACCUAUUUUAACACAUUCUUAUUGAUGAGCUUUCUCUUUUAAUCAUUUUAUCAUGUUUUAUUUGGUCGUAUUUUACUUUUGCAACCUUUUUUAUUUCUGUA